UGUGUCACCCGCGACCAGGCACCACCAUCUCUCUCUAGCUUGAGCAUUAUCGUACUGAGCUUCCGCCCCUCAGUCCCCGUUCUAUGCUUAUAUAAACCGGCUCGAACCAGUUUCGCCGGUAGACCCAAAUCCGAAUUUUUUCUUCCCAGUUCCUGCACGCACAGAAACAAAUACAAGAGAGAGAGAGAGAGAGAGACAGACAGACAGACAGAAAAAGAGACCGCUUUUUUUCCCUCUCAUUUCCACCAUUUUGUCUCUACGAUCCAAUCUUCCAAUCAAGGAAGACGAAGACACUGAACAAGAGAAAGCCCUAAAUUGAGCCCUAAUUCAAAGAGGCUUCGGGUUUCGAUCUACAGAUCUGUGCCGAAUUAUCUCUACCAAGGAGGUGCGGAUUGUAGGAUCUUGGUUUUCUCUGUAACUCACGCCAUGGCGUGUAUAAAGAGCGUUAACAGAUCGGCUUCCGUCGCCUUCUCGCCGGAGUCGCCUUACCUCGCGGCGGGGACCAUGGCCGGGGCGGUAGAUCUAUCGUUUAGUUCGUCUGCGAAUCUCGAGAUAUUCAAGCUUGAUUUCCAGUCGGACGAUCAGGAGCUCCCGCUCGUCGGUGAGUGCCCGAGCAGCGAACGGUUUAAUAGGCUUUCAUGGAGUAAGGCUGGAUCCGGAACCGAGGAAUUUGCCCUCGGGCUUGUUGCCGGAGGCCUCGUCGAUGGGCAUAUCAGCAUUUGGAAUCCUCUCAUUCUAAUGCGCCAAGAUGAAAUUGAAGGGGCUCUUGUUAGUCGUCUUAAUAAGCACACAGGAUCUGUUCUUGGUUUGGAGUUCAACAGUAUCACACCAAAUCUACUUGCUUCUGGGGCUGAUGGGGGUGAAAUCUCCAUUUGGGAUUUGACAAAACCAGUAGAACCCAUUCAUUUCCCAUCUCUCAAGGGUGUUGGUUCUGGUGCUCAAAGUGAUGUUUCUUUCUUAUCAUGGAAUGACAAGGUUCAGCAUAUACUUGCAUCCACUUCACAUAAUGGGACGACAGUGGUGUGGGACUUAAGGCGGCAGAAGCCAGUUAUAACUUUGUCAGAUUCAAGUAGAAGGCGAAGCUCUGUUUUACAAUGGAAUCCUGAUAUUGCAACUCAGCUUGUUGUUGCAUCUGAUGAUGACAGUUCACCUUCUCUAAGGUUGUGGGAUAUGAGGAACCCAAUAUCACCAUCAAAAGAAUUUGUUGGGCACACUCGUGGUGUGAUAGCAAUGUCAUGGUGUCCUAGUGACAGUUUGUACUUGCUUACUUGUGCUAAAGAUAAUCGGACCAUUUGCUGGGACACAGUUACAGGAGAGAUUGUGUCUGAAUUGCCAGCAGGCACCAACUGGAAUUUCGAUGUCCACUGGUAUCCUAAGAUACCAGGAAUAAUAUCAACCUCAUCCUUUGAUGGAAAAAUUGGUAUCUAUAAUGUUGAGGCCUGCAGCAAAUUGGCUGUUGGUGAAGGUGCUUUUGGCGCAGCGCAUUUGAGAGCUCCUAAGUGGUUGAAACGUCCAGUUGGGGCCUCUUUUGGUUUUGGAGGGAAGUUUGUUUCAUUUCACCUGGGUCCAUCAAGUACAGGUGUCCAAACCGGAAAUUCUCAGGUUUAUGUGCAUAAUUUGGUCACUGAACGAAGCUUGGUGAGCCGCUCUACUGAAUUUGAAGCUGCUAUUCAAAAUGGAGAAAAAUCUUCUUUAAGAACUUUAUGUGAGAAGAAAUCUCAGGAGUCUGAAUCUGAGGAUGAUAGAGAAACAUGGGGCUUAUUGAAGGUCAUGUUUGAGGAGGAAGGGACAGCAAGGACGAAGCUACUCACUCACCUUGGAUUCAGCAUACACACCGAAGGAAAUGAUAAUGUACAGGAUGAGCUUUCCCAGCAAAUAAAUGCUGUGAGUCUUGAUGAGAAGUCAACAAAUAAAACUGGACUAGAUGGAGACAAUGAUGUUGGUAUAUUCUCUAUGGAUAAUGCUGAAGACUUCUUUAACAAUCUUCAAAGCCCCAAGACAGAUCCAUCUCAAUCACCUUCUGGUAAGAACUUUGUAGUUGAAGGUAGUGCAGUGCCUAAUGGGGAGCAACUGCAAGAAGAUUUUGAUGGAGUGGUAGCGGACAUUGACCCUUCAGUUGAAGAUGGUAUUCAGCGUGCUUUGGUUGUCGGAGAUUACAAGGAAGCAGUUACCCUGUGUAUAUCAGCAAAUAGAAUGGCUGAUGCUUUAGUUAUUGCUCAUGUGGGUAGUCCUUCUCUGUGGGAGAGCACACGUGAUCAAUACCUGAAAAGGAGCCAUUCCUCUUACUUGAAGAUUGUUGCUGCAAUGGUGAACAAUGAUCUUGCAACUCUUGUAAACACCCGACCCUUGAGCUCCUGGAAAGAAACACUUGCCUUGCUUUGCACUUUUGCACAGAGGGAGGAAUGGACGCUGCUCUGUGAUACACUUGCUUCAAGACUCAUGCUUGUGGGGAACACUUUAGCUGCAACUCUUUGCUAUAUUUGUGCUGGGAAUAUUGACAAAACGGUGGAAAUAUGGUCUCAGAAUCUGAGGGCUGAGCAUGAAGGGAAAGCCCAUGUUGACCUUCUCCAGGACUUAAUGGAAAAGACUAUUGUCCUUGCUUUAGCAACUGGGCAAAAGCAAUUUAGUGCAUCUCUGUCCAAACUUGUUGAGAACUAUGCUGAACUGUUAGCAAGCCAAGGGCUUCUAAAAACAGCAAUGGAAUACUUAAAGCUUUUGGGGUCUGAAGCAUCAUCCUUCGAGCUAGCUAUCUUACGAGACCGCAUUGCUCUCUCUGUGGAAGAGAAAGAGGUACCUCAGACAGUGCCUUAUGAAAACACUCAACCACAGCCAGAGCCUAUAUAUGGUUCUGAACAACCCAGUUUUGGCGUAGCUGGUGGAUCUCAACAGUAUUAUCAGGAUAAAACACAUACACAGCUGCAGCAGAACAUCCCUGCUAGUACCUAUGGUGAAAACUAUCAACAACCUCUUGGUGCUUCAUAUGGAGGAGGAUAUGUUGCUCCUACCCCAUAUCAGCCUGCACAACCACCACAGAUAUUUCUCCCAUCACAAGCACCUCAGCCACCUCAGGCCAACUUUUCUCCCCCUCUUGUUCCCACUCAACCUGCAGUGAGGCCCUUUGUUCCUGCAACACCUCCCGUGGUGCGAAAUGUGGAACAGUAUCAGCAUCCCACUUUGGGUUCGCAGCUGUAUCCUGGAACUGGUAGCCCUACUUAUCAGCAUGGCCCACCUGUUACUGGUUCACUUGGAUCCUUUCCAGCUCAACUAGGUUCAGUUCCUAGUAAUAAAUUACCUCAAGUUGUUGCACCUACACCUACACCGAGUGGAUUUAUGCCAGUGAGCAGUUCAGGGUUUGUACAAAAACCUAUGACGACAGCAAUGCAACCAACAAGUCCCACUCAGCCCGCACAGGUACAAUCAGCCCCUGUGCCUGCAGCACCAGCUCCUACAGUGCAGACAGUUGAUACAUCAAAUGUACCUGCCCAUCAGAAACCUGUCAUUACAACAUUGACAAGACUUUUCAAUGAGACAUCAGAAGCAAUGGGAGGUUCACGUGCAAACCCAGCUAAGAAGAGGGAAAUUGAAGACAACUCAAAGAAAUUCGGAGCACUGUUUGCAAAGCUUAAUAGUGGAGAUAUAUCUAAAAAUGCUGCUGAUAGGCUUGUUCAGCUUUGCCAGGCUUUGGACAAUGGGGAUUACAGUACUGCUUUACAAAUCCAGGUUCUUUUGACAACAAGUGAGUGGGAUGAAUGCAAUUUCUGGCUCGCUGCACUUAAGCGAAUGAUCAAGGCAAGGCAGACUGUGAGAUUAAACUAGAAGGUACAGAUUCCACAAGGCAUCUCGCUGCGGCUCUGCAAUUUUUUUAGGCAAAACACAGGAGUGGUGUAGUUUUGGAGCACUGAUCCUUCGUUUUCAUGUACACAAGAUUGGCCUUCUUAAAUAGCAAAUUGCAGGUUCUUUGUUUUCCUUUUUUCCAUGUGUUAUUCCUUUAGGGUCCAACUACCUUGUCCUCCAAUAACUUGAGCCAUUGCCCAUUCAAGCUCCUUCAAAGGAAAAUUAGAAAAAAGAUUGUUUAGGGGGGCAUUGAAGAGGCUAGUUGUCUUUUGUAGUCUUUUUUUUUUCUUUUUUUUUUUUGAAUAUAUAUUCUCUGCCCCCUCCUUGUGAUUGAGCUCUAUUUAUUUUGGUUUGAAUUUUGAUUGUUCUGUUACCAUUUGGGAAUGUUGAGAUACCUGCAUACUUAUCUACAAGUUUGGUUUUUCCAAAUAUCGUGCAGAAAGAGGGAAAGGAAUCAGUUCAGUU